AUGAAGAAUAUUUUAAAUAAUGAUGAAGUUAAAAAUAUUAUUGAAAAAAAUGAAGGAUAUUAUUCCAUCAUUGAAUUAAAUGACGUUCUUUAUUUGAAUAAUAAAUUAUAUACCAAAAUAGAAUGUCUUCAGAAUCUACAUAAUUUAAAAACAUUAUAUCUAAACAAUAACGCUUUAGAAAAAAUAGAGGGCCUUGACUGUUGUAUAAAUCUUAUUGCCCUAUAUCUCAACUGCAAUCAAAUUAAAAAAAUUGAAAACUUGAAUAACUUGAUAAGAUUGAGAAUAUUAAAUUUGGAGGACAAUAAUAUAUUUGUUAUAGAAAAUUUGGAAUGUUUGGAUUGCUUAGAAGAUUUAAAUUUAAGCAAUAAUUGCUUAGGUAGUAAAGGAUCCCCAAAUACUUCCAUAUUACAUAAGAAUAAAAAUAUAUAUAUUUUAAACUUAAGCAAUAAUCAAAUAAAUGAGGACAUUUUAGAUAAUUUGUUAAUGUUAAAGAAUCUGUCUAUUCUGUAUUUAAUGAACAACCCAAUCUUGUUGAAAUAUAAUAAUUACAGAAAAUUAUUUAUUUAUAAAUUGAAAAGUUUAACCUAUCUUGAUUAUAAACCAAUUAAAACGGAUGAGAGAAGAUGUAUUGAAGCAUUUUUUGAAGGUGGACCCUUAAAAGAACAAGAAGUGAUGCAAAAAAUAGAAAGACAAAAAAAAUUACAACACAGGAAUUCAAUUGAAUGUAUUAUCUCAAUAAAAAAGAUAAUUUUAAAAAAAUAUAUGAAAUGA